CUACGUCACCUCUACGAGGCACGAGCUACGCCGCCCGCGCGGUGCAGUCGGCGCGUAGCGUCGCGUGCAGUGGCGUCCCAUUGUCAUAUUGAUAACCGUGAAUUGAUAACUCGAGUUUUAUCAAACUGAAUCUGUUAACAUAAAAGAUGGCGGGAACGAAGUUAAUUGGUUCAACAACGAGAUUGCUUCUACUGAGUUUUCCUACUUUCAUUAUGCUCAGUGCUGCCGUAGUAACCGAAGAGACAAGGAAAUGCUACUGGUGCGGGCCUCUGGCGGAGCAAGUGCACCGCAGUCGGCGAGCCCCGGCGUGCGACGCAUCGGCCAGCCACGUGACCGCCUGCGAGCCCGACCUGCCCCACUGCGCUGUCGUCGCUACUUCACCUCCAUACGUAGAAUCAAGACUCUGCGUAAAACUUUACCAAGAUGAAUGUUACCCGCUCUUCUGUAACUCAACAAAAUCAUGGAAAAUGACGUGUCCCUGCCGCGGAGAUUUGUGCAAUGGCCCAAAUACCGAACGAGAAAACGAAGCGUUCAACAUCCUUGCCAAAUUAGUCGCGAAAACGAGAACUACCCGCAUAAGGAAAAGAACCGAAAUAAACACAGUAAAAUUCAUACCUUCUGGUGAUGAAAAAACUGUUAUCAUCACUAAUAUAUCAGCGUUGGAGAGCAAUGAACUUAAUAAUGAAAACACUGAUAUGAGUAAUGAUAAACUAACACACAUAAUGUUGUCAGAUGAACAAAUGGUCACUUUUCAGGAAAUGAAAGAAGACAACAUUAUGUUAUCAGACAUUACAUCCACAAACGAUGACAUGGGUGAAGUAAGCACAGAAGCGAUGGUAGAAAUAAUAUCAGAGACAACAACAGAAAAAAUAACUCCAGAUUCUGUAGAAAAUAUUCACGAGGUUAAACAAAUUGAAAAGCGUAUUGGCGAAGUUCCGAAACCAAGCGAACCGCUACCAACAGCAGAGGCAUUGCAACAAAAUGCAAGUCCCAAUGCAGCUAGUGACAAAACACCUGCACCAACAAGUUCUGAAACUACUUUUUUAACUACCACUGAUGAUGAUAGUGAAGUAACAACGGAGACAACUCUGCCGUCAAAAAAUAGCUCCAAAACAAUGCACAAAAACAUCUUUGAUAUACUCGUAUGUUUAAAUAUACUUACGUACACUUUUAAAUACAUGCAAAUCUAAUUUAUUAGUUUUAUUGUUGUACAUGAACCAUUGAUCUCUGUUUUACUUUUAACACUUGAUUAGUCCUUAUUCGUAGAAUUGUGAUACUCACGUGAUAUUAGUUUAGUUAUUUCGUUAUUAUUGUCACAGUACUAUAUGUAUAAGAUCAAGUGUUAUAGAUUUUAAUAAAAUGAAAUAAAACAUAUCUUGUACUGAUAA